AUGAUACCUGAAAAGCAAAUUCCGACCAAGGCAUUCGUCGUCGAUUCUCCAGGGUCCCCAUUUAUUUUGCAAGAUGUGGUUCUGGACGAAGUUCGGCCUCACGAGCUGUUGAUCGAGAUGAAGUAUACUGGCCUGUGCCAUACGGAUAUUGUGGUCCAGAAGGGGGCGAUUCCUGUUGGUGAAUACCCGGCUGUGCUGGGGCACGAAGGCGCGGGCAUUAUCCGGCGGGUGGGCAGCGCAGUGAAAGACACAUCCCUGGCGGAGGGCGACCAGGUCUUCUUGAGUUUUACCACGUGUAACAAGUGUACACAGUGUGACGAAGGGCGCCAUGGAUUCUGUCGUCAGUUCACGGCAAUUAACUUCGCUGGUGUCAGGGGUAUGUCUGCAGCGGAUUCACCCAUAUCAUCACCCAGUGGUCAGCCCAUCCGAGGUCAAUUCUUUGGACAGUCAUCGCUGAGCAAGCUAGCCAUUGUCGCGGAAACUUCAGUCGUCAAGGUUCCACCUUCCUCUGGUGUCAGUGAGACCGACCUGGCUGUGCUCGCACCUCUGGGCUGUGGAUACCUCACUGGAGCGGGUACAGUCUUGAAUGUUCUUAAGCCAAAGCCGUCGUCUCGUUUUGUUGUGCUUGGUAUGGGAGCCGUUGGGCUGUCUGCAAUGAUGGCUGCACGGGCCAUGGGAGUUGAGAACGUUGUUGCGGUAGAUAUCGUCGAUGCGAAGCUUGAACUAGCCAAGUCUCUUGGUGCGUCGCAUACUUUGAACUCGAAGAGUGUUCCCGAUCUCGCGGAGGGGUUGCAUGGAUUUUUCGCCGACGGAGUGGAUCAUAUUAUUGACACCACGGGUGUUGUUCCUCUGCUUCAGUCGGCCAUCAAGGCGCUGGGUCAUGAGGGUGUGCUAGCAAUUGUAGGCGUUGCUCCAGGUGGCUCUGCGUUGACCAUCGACCCGCUGGAUUUUAUGAUCAAUUGCAAGCGGAUUGUUGGAUCUAUUGAAGGAUCUGCGAAUCCUACUCAGAUCCUCCCUCAACUCAUUGAUUUAUACAAACGGGGCAAAUUCCCUGUUGACAAGUUAGCCAAAAUUUAUAAGGCCGAUUCUAUUGAAAAGGCAUUGGACGACUUGCAUUCGGGCAGUGUCAUCAAGCCUGUGCUUGACUGGGUCAAUGUAUGA